AUGGCGCUGUCUCAUCUACGUUCACCAGAAGAGUUAGCAAGAUGCCUUCUCGAGAAUGACCGCCGACCAGACCCUGAUCACACUCUUGCCGCGAUCAAACACCGUCAGCGCCUCCUCAGAUCCUGGGGCAUUUCCCACGGCGCCACCAUCCUCGAAAUUGGCUGUGGGCAAGGCGACUGCACAGUCGUACUCGCCGAUGCUGUAGGCGACGAAGGUCUCGUCGUGGGAAUCGACCCUGCGCCGGACGAUUACGGUAUACCCUCUUUAGGCCGCGCCCACAAGCACGUUAAGGCAUCCGUGGUCGGGAAGCAGAUUCAGUUUAUCCGGUCCGAUGCUGUGAGCUAUCUUACCUCACCGACCGGUGUCACUCGUUUCGACUUCAUUGUCCUCUGUCACUGCAUCUGGUACCUAUCCGAACCCAGCAAGCUUGCCGAGAUUUUCGAUCUCGCACGUAGCCAUGCUCGCACCCAGACCAUUCUUCUCGCUGAAUUUGGAAUGGCUGCCUCGGUACCAGCUGCCGUGCCCCAUGUGCUAGUGGCGUGUGCGGUCAACGCCCUGGAGAGCGUACUCACUACAGAGACACUUCGCAAUAUGCAUUGCGUAACUACGCCCAGACAGAUCGCUGAUGCCGCCGAGAGGGGUGGCUGGAUAGUGAAGGAGGAAGACUUGCUGGUGCCUGAGGCAGAGCAGCGUGACGGCUGGCGCGAAGUUGUCAUGGUUCUUGAGAAGCCACAUAGACAGGUGUACGAAAAUGAUGUGGAGAGCCUAGGCGUUAGCGAGAAGAUCAAGAGCAUGCUGCUUGCUGCGAGGGAUGCGGUGGAAGAAAGUGUUCGCAGACUUGAUGGUGGCCUCGCAAAAGUAAGAAACAUGGACGUCUGGGUCGUACGGUUCAACCUCGCUCAGUAG